UACGCAGUAUUAAUGAAACCUGAGUUCAGAUGUCGUAGGCCUAUUAUAAAAGAAUACUUGAUUAAUACUUUCCGGACGGAGGUGCGUCGGUGCAACCUCAGCCUUAUCUUCCGUUAUGCAUGACAAUAUUGUUGUUCACGUUUCGUUCGUGAUAUAUGGACCUUUCGGCGAUAAUGUUGACCAUGACGCCAUCAAAAGCACGUAUAUAAUCCAAUCUUUGAAAUUCUUGACUCAUAACUGCACUGGAAAUUGUGAAAUAAAUACAGAAAGGAUGGCGUCUCGACUUUUCGGAAUAGGAGCAGCUUUUUUGCUCGUUAUCGUAGGAACACAAGCACAAGGGCCUUAUGGUCAGGGACCGUCAUACUACAGCGGCUAUAACUCGCCCUAUGGCACACCGAACGGCCGGCCUUUCCAGACUUCGUACUAUGGUGGCGGCGGUGUGUCAGUCCAAUCCCCAGGGUAUCAGAGCCCGCCCUACGGUCGUCCAUUCAUGCCAACGUAUGGGGGGACCAGCGGUAACACUGGGGGCCAGACCCAGACAGGUUACCAAGGAAACACAGGGUAUUUCUUACCCCCGGGCUUUGUGAGGAAUCAGCCGCAAACACGGCCAUUCUUACUUAGUCCAUCAUCUGGUGUUGUGCCGCCAUCUACAGAGGGAUGGACCAACUGGUCUCAAUUUUCCUCGUGUUGUCAAGGUGUCAAGUACCGUAUGAGGGUGUGUCGCAAUCUUGAUGCCAUGGGAACGCCCCCCUGCGAUGGCCCCGCCAUUGAUUUUUUACUAUGCGGAAGUAACGAGUUCGACGCAUGCGUAAAAGGGGGCCCAGGCGACACAAUGACAAUACUGCCAAUCGGCAUGAAUAAAAAAUAGAUGAGGAACUGAACUUUCCGCAGCAUAAAGAAAUACAGACAGUUUUUAUUUUUUAUUUAACUAAUGUCACCGAAUUGAAAGAAUAGCAAACCAACAUAGAGCUUUGCCCAUCUACAUGAUCACAGCAGUAAUCAAGUUUUUUUUUUUAGUACAGUUUGGCAAUUAUAAGUCUGUGUCAGUCUAUGAUAAAUAAAAUCUGGAAGAAAUAUGUUAGUCUGGUAUGAUGAGCUCUAGCAAUAAUUGCCCAUAAUUCUGCACGAAUGGAAGAACCCUCUGUAGAAAGUCACACAAUUCAGGGACACUGAGAGAGAAAAUGAACUUGGAACAAAAGACUCCUGAGAGACUUACAGAUGAAAAAUUGGGUGUAAAGAAACCAAAAUGAACUUGAAAUCACCAGAUUUUAGACACUGAUAACGAAAUUUGAAUUAAUAACAGGCGAGGGAGGUCAUAUUACCUGUACAGAUAUCAUUAGUUUUGUCAUUUGUUUAGUUAUUUGUGAGUUAAACUUGCAUUUAUUCUCAUGACUUACAUAUCUGUUUCCCUUGGUCAAAUGUUUAUGUUCUUAUUUUUCUAGUAUAUUAUUAGAAAUAAUAUUACAUCGGCAUUGUA